AUGGAUGUUGCUACUGCUCUCACUGUUGCUCAGACGUUGUUUGCGACGUUACAGUGUGCAGAAGUGCGAAAGCUAUGCUCCGUCUUUAAAUAUGAAUCUGAGUUUGAGAAGUUGCUCGAAACUGUUGAAAUCAUCAACAAGUGCCUCCUGGAUGCCGAUUCCAAGUGCCAGGAGCUCACAAAUGAAGGCCAGUACUGGGUCCAGAACCUCAAGGAUGCUGUCUAUGAUGCCGAUGAUCUGUUGGACGAAUUCAACACCAUUGCUUAUCAGUUGAAAGGAAUGCCUGGAGGUAAGAUUAUGAAGAAGGUACGCCGCUUCUUCUCCUCUAAUAACCAACUCAUAUUUGCUUUUGAUAAGUCAAUUGAGAUUAAGAAGCUUAGGGAGAAGGAUUGGGGGUUGGGAAAAACUGCACUUGCCCAACUUGUGUUCAAUGAUCAUAGGAUUAAAGAAGCAUUCAAAGAAAAUAUGUAUUGGGUUUGUGUGUCUUUGAAUUUUGACCCGAAAGAUAUCCUAGGUAAGAUGAUUAGUAUGGAGGAGCUUAAAUUUGAGGAUCUCCAGAGAAAUGUCCGAAAUCAGAUAGAAGGGAAAAGGUACUUGCUUGUUUUAGAUGAUGUAUGGUCUGAGAAUGGUAGAAAAUGGGAUGAGCUUAGAAACUUCUUGAUUUUAGGUGGAAAGGGAACUAGGAUUAUAGUGACUAGCCGCUCCAAAAAAGUGGCAGAAGCUAUUGGGAAAUUUCAAAUACAUGAUUUACAAGGUCUCUCAAACGAGAAAUCUUGGGAAUUGUUUAAGAAAAUAUCACUUAAAGAUAGGGAAUACGAAACCGUCACUGACCUUGUUGAGAUAGAAAGAGAUAUUUUGAAAAAAUGUGCCAAUGUGCCUCUCUCCAUAAGGGUUAUGGCCAGUUUGUUGCGUAAUCAAGAUAAAGCAGCUUGGCUAUCGUUGAAAAGUAAUGAUUUGUCUAACAUCUUUUGCUCACUCUUCCCUGAGGACUAUGGCAUUGAUAAAACACAGUUGAUUCGUCUCUGGAUGGCACAAGGAUAUCUUGUUCCAAGUGCUAAAAAUGAGAGCAUGGAAGAUGUCGGUGAAAGAUAUGUGUCAAUUUUAUUGCAUAGAUGUUUUUUCCAAGACAUUUAUAGGAACAGUUCUGGUGAAGUAUAUGCAUUUAAAAUGCAUGAUCUCUUGCAUGAACUUGCUAGAAAAGUAGCAGCUAAAGAGUCAUUGACAUUGACAGCUUGUACAAAUGAUUUUGAAGGGAAAGCUCAUCAUCUAUACAUUGACAAUAAUGAAGAAAUCAUUAACAAUUGGAAACUUACCAGAUACACUAGGAAAUUAAAAGAGUUACCAGAGGACACAAGCAGAUUAGUUAAUCUUAGGGUGUUGGAUAUAUAUGGAUGUGAACGCCUGAUUUUUAUGCCAGUAGAGAUGGGUAAAUUAACAUAUCUUAACACACUAACGAUGUUUAUGAUGUGUGGGGAUGGUGAUGAUUUGAAGCAAGAUGAAAAAGUGAAUGACCGCAUGUUAGUAGAUCUCAACUCUUUAAAGUUAAGGCUUAAACUUGAGUCUUAUCAGAAAGAAGGUCAAGAGACAUUGCUGGAGAGCCUGUUCUUAAAUUCCCAAUUUCAUGAGUUGACAUUGCGUAGUUACGGUGGUACCAAAUUGCAUAGUUGGGCGUCGGGGCUUGUGAGUAUCCAGUUGAUACGAUGUAAGGAGUUGCAGUAUCUACCAUCACCGUUGAGUCAACUUUGCCAUCUCAAGUAUCUUCACAUCCAUAAUUUGAAGAAUGUGGAGUAUAUAGCGUUCGAUGCACCAUAUCCAUCAGCGAAAUUCUUCCCAUCUCUUGAGAAGUUAGCACUAGAACACAUGCCAUCAUUAAAGGGAUGGUGGAGGGAUAUAAGACGGAUGGAGAAGGAAUAUGUUUUUAUUCCGUCAUUUCCUCAUCUCUGUGAAUUGAAAAUUCAAUAUUGCGAGAGAUUAACCUACAUUCCUCCAUGUCCAUUUGUAAAAGACUUGCAUCUUUAUGGAGUCAAUAAAGCACUGGCAGAUUGUAUGAAAGUAGGCAGAGUUCAAAGCAAUUCAAUCUCUUUGGAGAGUUUUGUUACAGACAAUACAUGCAUUUUCAAUUCUUUAGGUGAAGAGUUUGUGGGAAGCACUGUAUAUAUCCUAUUGGCUGAAAUAGAAAACUUGGGAACAAUUAGGGAGGUUAUGGCCAAUUCCGAUGAUAUAUUAUAA